GAUUCCGUUAUCCGUUCUUGAUACACAAUACGUCGUUGUGUUGUGAGUCCUCACGCAAAUUGCACAGCAAUUUGUAUCCAUCAGCGAACCGAUAUCGAUACACCUUGGUGUGAGCAAAAUCUCUCUUUGGGAUUGAUAAGACCUGUUCAAAUCGCCGAGAUCGUCAUGGAUUUAUUGGGAUCCAUCCUGAAAUCUAUGGAUAAACCGCCUACAAUCAGCGACAAGCAGAAAGCCCUCAGGAAAAAACAACAAGAAGAAUAUGAGAAACGAAAGAGAGCCGAGGCGGAAAAAUUGAAGAGCUUUCGAGAACAGAUCGAAGACACGAUUAAUAAGUUUCUGCAAGAUGAUGGCGCAAAGGAACACAAAUUUCCUGUAAUGGACCACAUACACAGGAGCAUUGUUCACGAUGUAGCGGAAGUAGCAAAUGUUUUGGCAUAUUCUUUUGGCGAAGAAGAUGUUGACCGGCACAUUGUGCUCUUCAAAAGAGAACACGCACCUUCCGAAGAUCAAUUAAACACACUGCGCAAAGGCGAAGAAUGGAACGAGGAAGUUGCAGAAAAAUUAAAAGAGGAGAGAGAGAGAAAAGCAAAGGAAGAGGCGGAGUAUCAAAAAUCUAGGAAGCGAAAGGAGGAUUUUGUGCCCAACAGCUUUUAUAAAGAUAAGUAUCAACAUUUAAUUGGCAAGGAGGCCGCCUUGGAAGCUGCCAGGAAAACAGAAGCUAACAGCAAUUACGGAUUUGUUCCCAGUGAAAAUAAAAAGGACCAAAGAAGUAUAGAACAAACUCUGGCUGACAUACGCGCUAAGAAGAGGAAACUGGAAAUGAAUAAAGAAAGUAACAGUUGCGGCGACAGUACAAAAUAGUGCUAUUGUAUAAAUAAUCAUAGGCAUAUACAUAAAUUAUCUAUGUCCAA